AUGAGACUGUCGAUAUCAUGUGAUGCUUGCCGUCGGGCCAAAGUGAAAUGUAUACAUGAGGGUAAUCCACCCUGUCGGCGCUGCGAGAAGACCAAGAGUGAAGGAUGCGCCCUGACAGACCCGCGGGCCUCAAAACCAAGAGCCCGGAGAAGCACUGCCGGGUCUGGAGUACCACAGAAGCGAAGAAAGGCAUCUCACCCGACACCUUCAGCUGAGAACAUUCGAAAUCUCAGAGGUGCCACUCGAAAUGCUUCAGAAAGCGGCGAGAAUCCCAUCUCGGCCUUGCCGCCAUCUACGGUGAUCAGUGCAGUAGAAACCUAUCGGAAGAAGUUUCCGGUUGCCAAUUUCCUACAUUAUCCUUCUUUGAUAUCUGAUAUAUCUUCUAAUUUUGAUUCGGUGGAUCCGAUAUUCCUCGCUUCGCUUCUCUCUAUGUGCGUGCGUUUCAUGACCGAUGAUGAACUCGAGGACGAGGAGACUUAUGCGGGCUAUGCUCGACAACAUCUAGCGCACCGUGUGAUGGAGGCUCCUUCUCUUUACCUUGCUCAGUCGCUGGUCAUGAUUUCUUUCUAUGAGUGGGGCACCGGUCGACCUUACCAGGCUUGGAUGUACAGUGGCAUGGCCACAUACAUGAUCCAGUCUCUUCUCAAAAUGGCGGAUGACAGCAUGGAACACAGCCCCCAAGAAUUUCACGCUUCUCAAACUCAGUAUGAGCAGCUCGUCCGAACCUAUUGGUGCUGCUUUGCGCAGGACUGCGAGCUGAGCUCUGGAGCCAGACAACACUUUGCCUUAUCAUUUUCUCAAAUAUCCGUCCCGCUUCCCAUAAGCGAUCGAGACUUUACCUUCAACCAUUUACCGGAAAGGAGGUUGAUGCCCGUUGACAUGAACAAGGAAUGUCCCCUGGCAAAUAACCUAACUAUCGAACACGGUCUGACGAUAGUCACGCGAGGAUUCGACAUUUUCGUGCGGAUCUUGAGAUUCGCAAAUGAGCAUCGGCGUUCCCUUUCCUCCAUGGGUGCAGAUGACUCGGUCACACCCCUGCAUCAAAAUUGGCAAAAGCUCAAGGGCGAACUGGACGAAUGGAGAUCACUUCAGGAUCGGACAGUCCGAUACCCUGAUACAAGUGCCCAGGCACAUGUAGCUCUGGGAUAUGGAGAAUUGUUUGCCUACAUUAAUCUACUCUACUUCAUGAGCAUCCUCUUCCUCCACCGGGAUCGCUUUCUAUCUAAUCUCAAACCACACUCUGAUGUCUUCCACGACAUGGAUGAAAAUGAUCGAUAUGAACCCCAUACGAUUAAGCAACUUUUUGAGGCUGCCCAGCACAUCAGCGGAGUCUUGGCAGCACUAGAAUCGUCCGAAGCACCAGUGAUGACCCCUUAUUCAGGGUUUAGCGUCUUUGUCGCCGCGCAUAUCAACAUGUACGGAACAAUCGCACCAAUGAGGUAUCCCGGUGGACUGGAGCGAGCAGAAGAGGAGAAAGGCAAAAACCUCAUCUACCUGGAGCGAUUAAGUCGAUUGUGGCCCGUGGGUCGAAGCUGGUGGCGAACCGUCCAGGAGGCCAAUCGAUUCUACGAAACCGUGAAAAGCUCGCAGACCCAUGCCGAUUCUGGCAUGCACAGUCCAAGGCGGUUUGCAUUGGCUGGAAAACUGGACGAAUAUGGGGAUAUUCGAUCCCGUCCCAAUCGCGAUUCGCAGACCGCGAGGUCGAUCAGCACGGAGCCUCGUGACGCGCAUCAAACUUUAACCCCUGUCCCAGAAGGCGAAGGGGCCAUGUUUGCCAGAGACAAUGCUACGUAUGCAGGUCAUGAUUUUGAAACGGACAUGUUUCAGUGGCCGUUUAUUGAUGGGUCGUGGUCGGCUGGGUUCGACGCGGGGCUUGAUGGGCUGUGGCAUCACUCGGGCUUGUUCGAUCCUAAUCCAACGAUGAGAUAG